AUGGCCGACUCCAAGGGCAGAAAACAAGCUACAUUGGGGAGGUUCUUCGGCUCCAGUGCGGAUGCGCCAAAAGGAGCGCCCAAGAAGCAGACCACCCUCGCCUUUUCGAGCAAGAAAGACAAGAAGAGCGAUGCCGCCGCAGAAGAACCGAGCUCGGAACAGUCCCCAUCCGUAUCAACAGCCGUGGCCGAGUUGAAAAAUGGGGUGGAUGUGAAGAUGGAGGAUAUUCCCAAGGAGGCCGCGGUGGCUCAACCAAACGGUUCUCCAAGCGCCAAGUCUUUGAAGAGAGAGAAGAGCAGCGAUGAAGACAGUGACUCCGAUAUCCAACCAGCACAGAAACGACGCCGGAAAAGUUCGCGGGGAGCAGAAGCUGCCCCCACUGUGCGCAAGAAGUCGCCGUCCCCCAAGAGUCCUAAAAAGCGCGGGGGUAAGGCUAAAGAAGCCUCUCCUCCUGCCGUUAUCAGGAAAUCAUCUGGUGAAGAAACCCCCGAAAAGGAGUCUGAACUAUCGGACGAGGAGGAAUUGGAACUAGUCAGCGACGAGGAGGAAGACAAGCCCGAAGUGAUGACCAAGACGAUGGAAAAAGUGCAGGCGACAUUGAAAGCGACAGGGACUGAGCCAUAUCCUGACUGGAAACCAAGACAGCCCGUCCCAUAUGCUGCUCUGUGCAAGACAUUUUCCCUCAUUGAGAUGACCACAAAGCGAUUGAUCAUCUUAGCGCAUUGUUCUCUUUUCCUGCGUCAAGUUCUCCGCUUGACGCCACAAGAUCUUCUCCCUACAGUUCAGCUGAUGAUUAACAAGCUGGCUGCCGACUACGCGGGGAUUGAGCUGGGUAUCGGCGAGUCAUUCAUCAUGAAGGCCAUCGGCGAGAGUACCGGUCGUAGCCUGGCGGUGAUCAAAGCAGACCAACACGAGAUCGGCGAUCUGGGUUUGGUGGCGGCCAAGAGUCGUUCCAACCAGCCAACCAUGUUCAAGCCAAAGCCAUUGACUGUCAGGGGAGUGCAUGAAGGCCUACUUGCUAUUGCCAAGAUCCAGGGUCAGGGAUCCCAAGAGAAGAAGAUCUCCGCCAUCAAAAAACUACUGUCUGCGGCUGAUGCUGCAACGGUGGGUAAGGGUGUCGAUAUUACAAAGGACAAGGGGGGUCCUAGCGAAGCCAAAUUCAUAGUCCGAUUCCUGGAAGGGAAAUUGAGACUGGGUCUGGCCGAGAAGACAGUUCUUGUGGCACUGGCUCAAGCAGUGGUGGCCCACGAAGCCGCUGUGAAGGGCGAAAAGUUGCCGACUCCCGAGAAGAUGGCUCAGGGUGAGGCGGUCUUGAAGACGGUGUACAGCGAGCUGCCUGCCUACGAAGUCAUUAUUCCUGCGAUGCUCGAGCAUGGCCUGCUUGAUCUGCCCAAGGUCUGCAAGUUGCAACCAGGCGUUCCCAUCAAGCCCAUGCUUGCGAAGCCUACCAAAUCCAUUACGGAAGUGCUCAACCGAUUUGAGGGCAAGGAUUUCACCUGCGAAUACAAGUACGACGGGGAGCGAGCUCAGAUCCACUAUGUUGCUCCUGAUGCCAUUAAGCAUUAUCCAGGCGCGACCGCUACCUUACAGAGAGAUUCAAAGGGGCUUAGUGCCAUCUUCUCUCGAAACUCGGAAGACUUGUCGAAGAAGUACCCCGAUGUACUGGCUAAACUCGACAACUGGGUCAAGGACGGAGUGAAGAGCUUUGUCUUGGAUUGCGAGACCGUGGCUUGGGACAUGGAGAACAAGAAGGUUCUCCCGUUCCAACAGCUGAUGACGCGCAAGCGCAAGGACGUCAAGGCAGAGGAUGUCAAGGUCAAGGUCUGCAUUUUUGCGUUUGACCUUCUGUUUCUGAAUGGCGAGGCUACUGUCAAGAAGUCGUUACGAGACCGACGAGAACUUCUCCACAGCUCCUUCAACGUAUCGGAGGGCGAGUUCCAAUUUGCCCAGCAUGGCGAUACCAAUGAUCUGGAAGAGAUCCAGACCCUCCUCGACGACAGCGUCAAGGCAUCAUGCGAAGGCUUGAUGGUGAAGAUGCUGGACACGGAAGAGAGUGGCUACGAGCCCAGCAAACGAAGUCGUAACUGGCUCAAGGUCAAGAAAGAUUAUCUCGCCGGCGUCGGAGACUCUCUUGAUCUCGUCGUGUUGGGUGCCUACCAUGGCCGUGGCAAGCGGACGUCCGUCUACGGCGCUUUCCUCCUGGCUGCGUAUAACUCCAGCACGCAGACCUAUGAGACAGUCUGCAAUAUUGGAACCGGAUUUUCCGAAGCCGCUCUUGAGGAGUUCUACCAGGAACUUUCACCACUGACGAUCGACCGUCCCAAGCCCUUCUACUCGCAUUCUACCGUCCCCAAAGACCAACCCGAUGUGUGGUUCGAACCGCGGCUGGUAUGGGAAGUCAAGACAGCGGACCUGACCCUGAGCCCGCGGUACAAGGCUGCCGCGGAUGAGUUUAUGGGGACCGCUGGUGGCGGAAAGGGUGUCUCCCUCCGGUUCCCACGGUUCAUCAAGUCUCGCGACGACAAGAAGCCCGAUCAGGCGACGACGACGAGGGCUGUGGCAGAGAUGUAUCGAAAGCAGGAGGCUGUUCUGAAAGAGAGCAGCGGGAAGGGCGGUGUGGACGAUGACUUUGAAUAUUGA